AUCUCAGACCUCUGCUCCUCACACUAUGGAAACUUCUCACCAACCAGCCCUUCCAUAUGACUAUGCCCAGGCCAAAAUGCCUAUCCAGAUUACUACCCAAACUCAGCCUAUUCCUCCUGCCACUAACAGUCCUCAAACCCCCACUCCAACCCCAGAAUCUACAACUCCUGAAAUCCCACCUUUUCCCUUUGACCCUUACUACUACUACUACUACUACUACUACUACCAUCCUGGAAUGUCCAUCUACAACCAGGACCAAAGCUAUGAUCCCAGUACACACGCCGAAAAGACAUCAGGGGCUCAAGCUCCCCUAGAUUCUGACCAUUAUAGAAGAGGAAGCUUUGCCCGCACUCCUGUGGCGAGUCCAACCCAUGCACCCCAUCCUACCACCAAACCCAUUCAUAACCCCUCACACCAUCACAUCAUUCAUCCACAAACUUCAACCAUUCCUUCCCAUCAUCGUCCCAACCCAGGGCCCCCUGGAGAUCUGCCAGACACAGUGAUGAAAGCUGCCGUGGUGACUCCCAGGCCCCUCCCCCACCACCAGCCCAACCCCGUCACACCCGGAGGCUCACAAUCACCACCUUCCAGUCUUUACCCACAGGAAGUCCCUCCCACCUGGAGGACCAGGAGAUCUACUUCAUGUGCUCCACGGAGUUGUGCUCCCCAGCAGAUGGGGACUGUAUUGAGGGCUGCUUUAGCGGUGAGUUGAAUUAACACUCCUAUAAUGGUUUGGACAAUCGUGAGCAUAAAAUGUACUUGUUUCUUACAGUAUUCAAUGUGACACUAAUGUAUUUGCAAUCUUUGUUACAUUAACUGUUAUUCAUUUGUAGGACCAAAGCUGGACAACUGAAGAAAUUAAUAAAUUCACAAUUGGUCAAUGA